UCGGCACUCUCGCAGACGCCUCCCGCCUGGGCCGACUGGCUUGCCUAUUAUCGGCAACGCCCUCCAGAUACCGGUCGAGCGAGCAUGGGUCACGUUCGUGGAGAUGGCGAAGACAUACGGCGACGUCAUGCACUUCUCCGCGUUUGGUCGUUCCAUCGUCAUCUUGAACUCGCGGAAGGCCGUGUUCGACCUGCUCGAGAAACGGAGUGCUAUAUACUCUGACCGGCCGCGCAGUGUCCUCGCCGGUGAGAUGAUAGGUUAUGCAGAAUUCACAGUAAUGUGUCGGUACGGCAGUCGCCUGAAGGACAGCAGGAAGAUCAUCUCGUCGCUCAUCUCGCCUCGAACUCUCCCGGAGAUAAACGCCAUCCAGGAAGGCCAGGCCCAGCUGCUCCUCCCCAGGCUCCUGAACGCACCCGACGAGUUCCUCACGCACAUCCGGUGGCUCGCGAUGAGCGUCGUCUGGAAGAUCACGCACGGCUACGACAUGGCCGACCUCGCCGACCCGCUCGCGCAGGUCGUCGAGCAGGUCAACGCCGAGUUCGCGGAGGUGACGGCGCCGGGCAGCGCGUUCCUCGUCGAUCUCCUGCCGUUCCUGCGAUACGUCCCCGACUGGGUCCCUGGCACCGGCUUCAAGAGCCUCGCGAGACGUGCGCGCGCGAACCUCUUGCGGAGUCGCGACGAGCCGUACGACAUGGUCAAGGAUCAGGUGGACCGUGGCGUCGCCCCUCCAUCGUUCACCACGACGGUGAUUACACGGAACCCCAACCCUACCCCGGGGGAGGAAGACGUGCAGCGAAUGACGACGAGUCAUCUACAGGCUGCUGGCGCCGAAACGUCGAUCGCGACGAUCGAGUCCUUCUUCUUCCUCGCGGCGCUCUUCCCGGACUUACAGCGGCGCGCGCAGGCCGAGCUAGAUACGGUCCUCGGGUCCGGCCGCCUCCCGCGGUGCAGCGACCGCCAGGACCUGCCGUACACGGAGGCGCUGGUGAAGGAAAUCUACCGCUGGAACCCCGUCGGGCCGCUCGGUGUGCCGCACAGCGUGAUGGAGGACGACGAGUACGACGGGUACACGAUACCGAAGGGCGCGACGGUUAUCGCGAAUACAUGGGCGAUACUACACGACCCAGCCCUCUACCCGGAUCCCCACCUUCCCGCACCGGAGCGAUACCUCAACCCCGCAGGGGAGAAGCUUCAGAACGGCGACGCCGAGAUCGAAACGGAAGCGCUGAACCCCGACCCCCGCAUGUUCGCAUUCGGGUACGGACGCAGGGCGUGCCCCGGGAAGAUCCUCGCGGACGACACGCUCUUCAUCCUCGUCGCGACCGUCCUCGCGGCCUUCGACAUCUCCGCCGCCGUCACCGCGGACGGCGCCCCGGCGACGGCGCGCACGGAGUACGUGGGCAGCCUCAUGAGUCGACCGCCGGAGUUCCGCUGCAAGAUCACACCCAGGUCAGAGGCGAUGGAGCAGCCGAUCGCUACGGUCGGUUUGCAGGAGGGGUGAGACUGGCUGGUGCUUGAUUUGGUGAUGACGUGGAGUGAAGGGGUUAGCUCGAAACAUGUCGUCCUCAAGCUUUCACCGAGCCACUUUCGUGGCGUCCUCAGUUCAUACUGUGACGCAUCAACCACCAUUGGCACAUGUACAUUUAAUACAUAUUGUCAGCCUAGGCUAUUUUGUAGGACUAGGAAGUGUUGUGGACACAUCAGAAUAUGAACCAAUAGAAGUUGGACGUCCAUAUACGUACAGUAGCAUGCCAUCUUCGCACACCCCGCCGAUUUGGGCGGAGCGCUGCCCGAAGGAAUAUCUUCUCCACCGCAAUGGUGCCACGGGC